CGCCCUCCUGUCCUAUGCCUACCUUUGUCUCAGUGUCGCUCCUCCCUGCGGGCAUAUAAGACCAGUGCCAGGAGUAACCACAAGUGACCAGGCAUAACCGGCAGUGACCAGGAGUAACCAGGAGCCACCAGGACUUACCAGGAGAAACAACGUCUUGAACCAGGAGGGAAUCGAACCUGUGACCAGUCUGGAUAAUGCCCGCCAACACCAGGAUCCUUGGUUCCGACAAGAAACACACCAAGAGGUCUAAAGAUGGGAGCCCCCCUGCAGAGAAGAUCCCAGAUUAUGAAGCCAACAUCCCAGAACCCAAGUGCCGAGCCGACCUCCUCAAAUAUUCGUUGAAGCUGACCAUGGACGAUAAGACAGCCAAUAAGACUCUUUGGGUCACAGAGGCCGGAGCCAAGGUGGCGCGCAUGACGGACACCUCCACCUGUCCCGUCCUGGAUCGGCCCGAACGCUACGAGCACGCGCCCCAGAUUCUCUGCAAGGAGGGCAUCACCGGUUUCCGUGGCUACUGGGAGGUGGAGUACUCGGGCUGGGUGGUGUUGGGCUUGGCCUACGAAGGCGCAGCGAGGAGGAACGGCCAGGGUCCCUGCGGCCUGGGGGAGAACGAGGAGUCCUGGGGCCUGGGCUGGGCCGGCACCAGCUACCACUACUGGCACGACGGGCAGGACCAGGAGAUCGCCCACCCCCAGAGCCCCCUGCUGGGGCUGUACCUGGACCAGCCGGCGGGGCUCCUCAACUUCUACGCUGUGGAGGAGGUGGGGGAGGAGCAGAAGGAGGUGCACCUGCUGAAGCAGGUCAAGGCCACCUUCAAGCAGAAGAUGAUGCCUGGUUUCUGGGUGGGGACCCAGUCUUACUGCAUCCUCCGCAGCUAGGAAGGGAACCGGCCAGUCAACGAGAGAACCACUAGUCAGUCCCCUAGAACCAGUCCACUAAAAAAAGAGGCAGACCACUAGAGCCAGUGCAGGAGAGAACCAGUCAGACCAAUAAAUCCAACCAGUCAGUCCACUAGAACGACUAUAAAUGAGACAGCACUCCUGUUUAGAAGUGGUUAUGUUUUCAUAAUGUGCAUUGUAUAUGAAUGUCUGUUUUGGUAAUGUACAUGGUAAUAAGUUGUGAUUCUAUACAUGAUUAUAUAGACUUAAACCUGUAAAGUCUACUAUUUACAACUAUAUAUCUAGUAUUUUAAAUAAGUAUUUAAUGAUGAUUAAUGAUUAACAUUCUGCUUAUUAUAAUUUAAAACAUGUAUUUACUGUAUUUUAUGUACUACUGUAUUGUCUCUCAUUGGACGUACGUAUACGUAUUACUAUAGUUUUAAUGAACUAAGGUGUGUAUGUAUUUGUAUCUUUUAUUAAUAAUUAUGUGUUCAAGGCCAGUGUUGAAUAAAAGGUCAAAUAAA